AGAGGAGAGACAGGAGAGAAGAGGAGAGGAAGGAGGGAGGAUGAGGAGGAGGGGCCGAUGUUUGCCGCUGAAAGUCUGUCUGAGUAUGUGGAAGCUUCAGGAAAACAUGCUGACAGCCAAACUGACACUGACAGAAGGACAUUUCCAUUCAAAUGGACCCCGGUCCGUCCCACUACUGCCUGACGUUGACUUGUCUAAUUGAAGAAGACUAACGGGCUGCUACUAAACAAGGAGAACAUGCUGACCCUGCCUUUUGAUGAUCCGCCCUCCCACCAGACCAGCAGUCCCUUCAGGACCGGCUGGGCCGCCAACCACUUUGUGAAAUCAGUUAAGCCAGAGCCUGGCAGAGACCCGGAGGACACAUUUGAGUCCAGAAGAGAGAAUGGAGAGAGGGAUGACCGAGAGGAGGAAGACGAGGAAGAGGACCAAGGCGCUGGUCAGAGAAGAAGGGGCUCAUAUAAAAAGAAAGGGAGUCAGGCCCGGCUGGAGCGUGUCCGGCUGCGGCGCAUUGAGGCCAACGCGCGGGAAAGGAACCGCAUGCACAGUCUGAACAACGCGCUGGACCGCCUGAGGAAAGUGGUUCCCUGCCAGUCCAAGACGCAGAAGCUGUCCAAAAUAGAGACGCUCCGCCUUGCCAGGAACUACAUCUGGGCCCUCGGCGAGAUCCUAAACACAGGGAAGAGACCGGACCUUCUCACGUUCGUCCAGACUCUGUGUAAGGGUCUCUCCCAGCCCACCACUAGCCUGGUGGCCAACUGUCUGCAGCUCAACCCCCGCAGCAGCAUCUCCGAGCCAGGCGGGGAGUCCUUUCCCCUCUACCCAGCCUACCACCACCACCACGGGGCUGAGGCAGUGGGCUGCAGCUCGGUGGACAGCGGCAGGCCCCUGGGCUCCUUCUGCGGCCCCUACGAGUCUCUGUAUGACAGUCCCUCUCCGGACGGCUCCAGCCAUCUGGACGCAGGGACCCUCAACCCGGCCGUCAACUUCAACGGGAUUUUCUCCCUGAAACACGAGGAGCCGGUGGACUACCGGAGCUGUCACUACGGCCUCCGCUACUGCUCCGUCAGCCAGGGCCCAUCCACAGACCUGGGGCCACAUGAUGUCCGCCUCCGGGGCCAGUUCUACCAGGUGCAGGAGGAACUCAACAAGCCUUUUACCAAUUAAUGAACUAUGGAAAUGGAGAUGUUGAUUAAUUGGAAACCCCAAAUCCUCCUGCUGAUAUUUUGGGGGGCCACUUGGUAGGGCUGCACAAUAUGUCUUUUUUUUAUCAUCACCAUGAUAUCAACAGGUGCAAUAAACACAUCGCAGAGGCACUCUGAGAUUUUUUGGGUUAGUUGAA